GUUUUACUUAGCAACAGUUGAGCCAGUAUUUACAUAAACAGCGCACUGACUGUUAGUGUUUACACUCGUCGUCAAAGACUAUCGUGAAAAUUUUCGAGCAUACAAGAAGUCAGUGGAUUGCGUUCAAACAGAAAGGCUUUAUUUAAUUUUGCUUCGGUAACAACGCAAACUCUUUUGAAUCCGUAGAUAAAAUGUGAUAGUUGGUAACUUGUAUGCAUUUUAUAAUUGCGUGGAAUAAAUAGAGAAAAUUGACCAAGCUUUACAGAACGCUCAAUAAGGCAAAUAUUGGUUAAGAUGUACAGGUGAUGGUAGCUAAUUUCAAGUGAUAUGCAGUCAACAAGUUCACCUCAAAGUUCGUAGUUGGUUUUGUUUAAAGGCGCUUUGUGAUAGUCUCUGUCAGUUAUCAUCAAAGCUAAAAUACAUAUUACUUCCACUGCUAUUGGCUACCCCCAACUAUCCUCACAACGACUGGUUCCUUCAAUUGGUUCGAUCGGCUAAAUAAAUGCAAUAAGCGAUCGACAGCACGUCUGUUUCCAUCGGGGCGGACCACGGUACAUCAUCUAUUGCUUCGAUCAUUCAAGCUCUGGAUCGUGGUUGCCAUUCAUGAACUUUUCUCUAAGAAGACAAUACACAUAUAAGUAGAAUUAAAAAUGAGUGACUCGGACAGCGAUGUCGAAGAGAAACCAGUUGAAGUUGUGGCCGAUAGCGAAUCGGACAGCUACGAAGAUGAGCCUGUGGCGGCACCUGGUGAGGCGCAGACGCUGGUCGAACUACACGCUGACCACGGCAAGAUGGCCGAAGCACCGCCAAAGCCCAGAAGAAAGCGAUUCAUCCCAAAAUAUGAUGUGGAAGGAGUGCAUCGGAUCGCUAUCGGCGAAGAAACCCAAAUACAAAUUGAAAUGGUCAUGGGCCAGGACAUCACCCCCCAGAGCCCUUGGAAGCUCGUCAGUAAAGCUAAGAUUAUGGAAAACAUAGAUGUUGGCGGCGAACUAUCUGAAUUUUUCCCGUUGAAAGCAGAAUUAGAAGCUUAUACACAAAACGAAGUUCUAAUGGGGUUCAUAGAAGAUGACUCUAACGAUCUCGAUGAAUUCUACGUCUGUACUACUGUCGAAUCAAGAGAUCACUGUAAAUUUCAGUCAGAGAAAUUUCUAAAAAGACAGGCAAAGAAAUUAGAAAAGGCCGUGCAAAAGAAACCACGUCCUUGGAAGAGUCUUGGAAGUGAAAAAGAGAUAACUGAGCUUAUUCCCGUAAAUACUCGGCCGUUCAUAGAGCUGGAAAUAAAAACUGCGUUCCCCACUGUGUACCAGCCAAAUAAAUUUAGUGUCAGAGACUCGAGCUCCGUUCGAGAUGGUUACUUAGAACUCACACCGUAUAGACAGAAGUUCAAUUGUGUAUUUCAACGAAGAAUAGACACAGAGGUUCAAGCAAAUCCAGCUAGAAUAACUAGAUAUGCGCAAACUGAGUUGAGAUACCCGCAAAAUGUCUGGACACAAUCUAUCGCUGAUGCUCUUGGUGGCGACACUACAGAAGCAGGUGCUGGUGGCGAUACAAAACCUGAAAAAGGUGCCGGUGGUGAUGGUGUUGCCGAAGAUGACGAUGAAGAUGAAAAACCAGAAAAGGAACCGAUAGAUGAAGCCGCACUUAAGCCAUUUCGAGACGCUGAAAUGCGCAUGCGACGGGCGUCUUACAUAAAGUUGAUGACCAAUUUCAUGUCAACUAAAAAUCCUGAAAUGGACUCUAUUAUAGCGCUUAAUACAGUCAUGGAUAUGUAUUGUAACGAUUAUCCAAACUUAGUGACUCAGAAAGCGACUGGCGUAGUAUACGACUCUAUGACGUUUGAGGAUUAUGUUUGCUUUACAGACGUCAGAGCCAAGAAUAAAUACGUGUCCUCUGCAGUUUUUCAUCCUAUGUGGACAGGAAUUGUCGCUAUCGCCUACGCUGAUGCUUCACCUGCUGUGAUGAACACACUUAGCACACGUCCUGAUCCAAUCAAAAGAGCGGUGUAUGGAUUGAACCCUGUUAUGAUCUGGAGUCAUAUCGACAGUUUAAUUCCAAAACUUUACCUCGAAUCUCCGCGUGAAGUUAAGGUGCUUUCAUUUUGUCCUUUUAAUGAAAAUAUCCUCAUUGGUGGAUGUAUAAACGGUCAAGUUGUUGUUUGGGAUUUGACUAAUAAGCUUGAAAAUGUAGAGAAGAUUGAAGUAUUGAGUGAAACGAGGGAAAAGUAUCAUAUAGCGAUGAAUGCACAUAUGGGAUGGAUGAAGAGGAUUUCUGAUAAAGCAGUGGUGCCCGCAACGGCGUUGAGCAAUUUGAUGACGAAUCAUUACGGCGCUGUUACUGCUAUCGAGUGGUUCUCGCCAAACUUUUUUAUAUCUCAAACUGGACACACAGAGCUACUAACUGACAGGAAAAAAUCUUCCAUAUUUUGCACUGGCUCAGAGGAUGGUACAAUAUUAAUUUGGAACCUGUCAGUCGAAAAUGUGGCAGUGUUUGGGGGCAAGAAGGUUAAGAAAUCUAUGCGAAUUGCUAGAAGGCCAUCUGGGCUAUUAGUUGAUGUUUCACCAUUCUGUAUCUUAGAUCGCGUGUUCCAACCCACUUAUAAAAUUAUACUUGGAAUAACUGGGCAACCCGACACGCUUGCACUACAAAGUUUGGCUAUGACCCCUUGUCCGAUUACUUAUACUUAUACACCUAAACCUAUUGCGACAGGUAGGAAAUAUUUUACAUGUUCCAUCUUACCUCAGAAAGAAGAAGAUCUUAACAUAGUCAUGUACUGCGGUUCACAGCACGGAGAGAUGAGAAGGAUUACAUGGGAGGGUCACGCGUUCAAUACUGGAGAAGUUGUCAACUCUGAGUACUGCGCCAUGAAGUACCGUUGUUACAUUCACGAUGGAAUAAUAACAUGUUCUAAGAAAAAUCCAUUUCUUCAUCAUGUCACCAUGACUGUUGGAGGAAAGAUAAUGGCAAUCUGGUCUGACAAGUUGAUGAAUCGGCCCUUGAUAUGGAAAAAGCGCCCUCAUAGGUUAACUGACGCUGUUUGGUCACUUUAUAAGCCUAGUCUGCUUUUUAUCACCACGGCUGAAGGUAACAUGGAGACUUGGGAUUUACUACUGAGAAGUGAUUUACCUAUUGCAGUACAAACACUCUCCGGCACACAGCUCACGGGUAUAAACUUACACACGUUACCUUUAGCAAAAAAUAUCAUCGGAGUAAGUGACUCCAAUGGUUCCUUUCAAAUGUUCUUAGACCCACCGAUAUUUAUGAUCGAAAAUGAAACUUACAAAGCUCGCGUUGACAGCAUGCUUAGCAGAGAACUUAACGUAAUGCAGUCGUUUAUAUCAUGGCAAGAUGAAUGGCUGAAACAAAACCCUCAAGUUUUGCUAGAAAUAAGGAGAAAAGAAGGUGCACUGCUGUUAGAAAAGGAGGAAGAAAAGAGAAAAGCUAAAGAGGCAGAAGAGAAACGACUAGAAGAGGAAGCGGAAGCGAGAAGAUUAGCAAAACUGCGAGUUAUAGGACCGGCAGAAAGAUGGACUAUGAUAGUUAACAAAUUGAUAGAACGAACUAUUGCAGUCAAGAAAAGAAUAAACAAAGCAGAACUCAUAGAACAAGAGAAGCCACUACGCGAGUUGGAAGCGCAGCGUUUAGAAAAAGAAAGAAGAAUGGUCGAGAUUAUGAAAAACCAGACAAAUAUCUUCAAUGACACCGUGGCUAUUCUAUUCCCUGAGGCUAUAAAAAAGCCACCAAAACCAGCUAAGACGUAUCUACCUCCUGAUAAAGGAACAGUAAAGAGAGAGUAUAUAGAAGACUAUGAAUACCUGAAAGAAUCAGCAAUGAGGACUGUGAAAGAGAAUCCAUACCACGCGUCGUUCUCAUGGGAAGCUACCCUCACCGAAGGGAAGGAGAGACGCGAAGCGCUGAACACUUAUGAGGAGUAUCUUAACGUGCAUAAAGCUAGACUAAACUUUGAAGUACAAGAGAUGGUGAUAAAACCACAGUUCAAGAAAGAGAGUAAGAAACUAAGAUCGAAAGAAGCAGUUUCCACCGUUGAGUUUAGUGAGGCAGCGACCGAGACGUGAGUACUUUGUGUUUGAAACGGUAUUUAAUUUUUAAGCCGGCUUCAGUUGGCUAGCGUUAUUCCUAUUUGUUUAGUAAACAUAUAUUUGUUUUUCUUUAUCUGUAGAAAUUAUGUUCAAACUCUGAAAAAAUACUUAUACAAUUUAGUCUCAUAUAUCGAAGAGGAAACAUAUUUAAUUAUUUAUAUAAAUCGAAUAAUACAAUUUCUUUUUUGUGAUUUUAGACAGCCUCAAUCAAAUAUAUUCUUAUGUACUA